UCUGGAUUCUGUGUAAAAUGUUAUCGUGAGCAUGUUAAUACAACAAAACUGAAAAUUGAUCAAAAUUGCACAUUGCAAUGGAAGUGUGCAUCGUUUUGAUGUAACGAUAUAAGAAUGCCGUUAUCAUGAAUGCAUGGUAUUAAAGAAUAUGUUGCAAUAGGAAAUGAUAAAAUGAAGAUAUUGACUUUGAACAUUAACAAUGAUGUCCUUGAUUGAAUCUAAUUCGGAUGCUGAUGAUGAAGACACGUGGCUCUUGCAAAAUUUUGAUCCAAGGAGGGGUUCCCAGGAAGCAGCUAGCGCAAUGGCAUUUGUCCUACUUAUAUCUGGAAUGAUCCUCAUGGGGUUAGGUUAUUUUAUACCAAGGGACUACACAUUUGAUCCAUAUGAAGAGGCUAGAAAAAUGGAAUCCAUCGAGCAGUACUAUAUCACUCUGGCAAAACACUUGGAUAUUCUGAUAUUAGUUGGGAUGGCCAUCGUUUGCACUGGUGGUGUGAUCGUGUCUGUGUUGUUUGCCAUCGGCAUGUACAGAGCAGGGUAUAUUUGCAACUGGUCCGGCUCAAAACCAAGUGGAACUACUGGACGGGGUGAUCGUGGUAUAGGGAUCCCUGACUAUGGCAGUCGAGAUAUGGAGAGACAUCUCAUGCCAAACAUGUCGGCAGAAUAACCACAUUAUUGUAACUACAAAAUAUUGGUAUCGACAAAAAUGGCCCAUAAUAAAUAUAUAUAUAUUUAUAUUAAUAAUAUAAAACAAAAUGUUGAG